GCAGAAACGGACAGGGAGGCUGGCGGUAACAAGGGCGUCUCAGAUAGGCAGAUACGUCUGAAGAUCUAUUCGCCAAAUGUUCUCAACAUCACUUUGGUCGAUCUGCCUGGAAUUACCAAGGUGCCAGUUGGCGACCAACCAACUGACAUCGAGGCCAGAAUAAGGACUAUGAUAUUGUCAUAUAUCAAGCACAAGACAUGCAUCAUAUUGGCUGUUUCUCCAGCAAAUGCAGAUUUAGCGAACUCUGAUGCUCUUCAAAUGGCUCGGCAAGCUGAUCCUGAUGGUUCUCGAACAAUUGGUGUUAUCACAAAGUUGGACAUAAUGGACAGGGGCACUGAUGCCCGGAAUUUUUUGUUGGGAAAUGUCAUCCCAUUACGACUUGGUUAUGUUGGUGUCGUAAACCGCAGCCAGCAGGAUAUCAAUUCAGAUGUCAGUGUCAAGCAGGCUCUGGCCCGAGAAGAAAGUUUCUUCCGUACUCAUCCGGCAUACAACGGUCUUGCUAAGCACUGUGGGAUACCACAGUUAGCAAAGAAGCUAAACCAGAUCUUGGUCCAACAUAUAAGAACUAUUCUGCCUGGACUGAAGGCUCGCAUAAGUUCUCAAUUGACAGCUAUUGCUAAGGAGCAUGCCUUUUAUGGUGACCCAGUCGAGUCCAAGGCUGGGCAAGGCGCUAAGCUUUUGAACAUUCUAGCUAAAUACUGUGAUGCUUUCUCGUCUAUGGUAGAAGGAAAAAAUGAAGAUAUAUCAACAAUCGAGCUUUCUGGUGGAGCAAGAAUUCACUAUAUUUUUCAAUCUAUCUUUGUCAAAAGCUUAGAGGGUGUUGACCCUUGCGAGGAUGUCACUGAUGAAGAUAUCCGCAUGGCUAUACAGAAUGCAACUGGUCCUAGGAGUGCUUUGUUUGUACCUGAGGUGCCAUUUGAAGUCCUUGUGCGCAGGCAAAUCAGUAGAUUGCUUGAUCCAAGUCUGCAGUGUGCAGAUUUCAUAUAUGAGGAACUGGUUAAGAUGAGCCACCGUUGCCUUAGCAAUGAGCUGCAGCAGUUUCCUAUACUCAGAAGGAGCAUGGAUGAAGUAAUUGGGAAGUUUCUACGGGAUGGGCUUAAGCCAGCACAAGAUAUGAUAGCACACAUAAUUGAGAUGGAGGCCGAUUACAUAAACACAUCUCACCCAAGUUUCAUCGGUGGUAGCAAGGCUGUAGAACAAGCACAGCAACAAGUCAGAGCCGCUAGAUUGCCUGCAACAGUGGUUAGAAGAGAUGGAGUAGAUGCAGAUAGGCCACAGGCUUCUGAAAAAACCCAAAAAGCACGUGCAUUAUUGGGUAGAACCACUGGUGUAAAUGGAGUUAUCACCGACCAGAUCCAGCAGGGGGUACGAUCGGCUGCUGAGGCAGAGAGACCAGGUUCUUCAGGUAGUGGAAGCACUUCUUUUUGGGGCUCAAUAUUCACCUCAAGCGAAGACCGCGCACCUUCUUCAGCAAGAGGUGGUUCAACGAACAAAUCUUAUGCUUCAGCUACUCCCAACCUGGAACAUUCAUUCUCUUCAAUACAGUUAAAAGAGCCACCGCUAGUCCUCAAGCCUUCAGAAAGUCAUUCUGAGCAGGAGGACCUUGAAAUAGCAAUCACAAAAUUGCUGCUGCAGUCAUACUACAAUAUAGUCAGGAAAAAUGUCGAGGAUUUUGUACCAAAAGCAAUUAUGCAUUUUCUGGUUAAUCACACGAAAAGGGAGCUGCAUAAUUUCCUUAUAACUACCCUUUAUAGAGAAGAGCUCUUUGGGGACAUUCUCAGAGAACCUGACGAAAUAACCACAAAGAGGAGGCAGAUACGCGAUACUCUUAAGGUCCUUCAGCAAGCCUACAAAACUUUGGACGAGAUACCGCUUGAAGCGGAGACAGUCGAGAGGGGCUAUUCCCUGGAUUCUGAUGCGACGGGUCUACCACGGGUCCAUGGGGUUUACGAUGGAAGCUCACCAUAUUCGACUCCGAAGCAAACAAGGCCUAGGAAAUCAAGCCACUCUGGGGAGCAGCAACAACCUUUCAGUGGCAAUGGGUUUUGAUAUUGCCUUUCACGAUCAUCCCCCGGAUUAGUAGUGAUUGAGCCAGCGGAUGUGCUGGUAGCAACACAUCAUUCCGCCUUUGGGUUUGUCAGUUCGGUACCCAAUAGAUAUAUGUUUUUUCUCUAGCCAUUGCUAUUCUUUUUAGUGUUGCGCCCAACGAAAGCAUUGGCGUGGUGCCAAAUUUUUGCCAUGUGCCCUCUUGUACAGUAUAUCACUGCCCAAUCAUUUCGACUUAAAAUGAAACCGGUGAUGGGUAUAGAUUUUUGUUUUAAACCCAUGGAAGAAGCUAUGGGAACCUUUAGUUUUAGUGCCAAGUACUUGUAUCUAAACACGGUUGGUUUUGCCGUGAUAAGUCUGACAUGGUUCGUGUUAAGAUGCGAAGAGGUUGUGCUACAUGAAUAUGUUUUUUGUGCAUCGGAUAUGAUAUUUUCGUUACCCCA